CAAACAACAACUGGUACCUACCUCGUAUCCAGAAAUAUGGUCGACAACAGUGGUGGAAGUGUUCCCAAUAACUGUGAUCAUGGUCAGGGAGAUAUAAACUCGACCGAGCAGCCAGACCCCGGCCAGUUGCUUCCCAUAGCCAACGUUGGGAGGAUGAUGAAGCAAAUCCUGCCGCCGAACGCCAAGAUCUCAAAGGAAGCCAAGCAAACGAUGCAAGAGUGCGUCUCCGAGUUCAUCAGCUUCGUCACCGGAGAGGCUUCCGACAAGUGCCGGAAGGAGAGAAGGAAGACGGUGAACGGCGACGACAUCUGCUGCGCCCUGGGAACCCUAGGAUUCGAUGACUACGCUGCCCUUCUGAGGAGGUAUCUGCACAGGUAUAGAGAUCAAGAAGGAGCUGAGCACAGAGCUAAUAUUGGUAACAAUAAUAAUGAAGACGAGCUGAAGCUGCUGGCUAACAACAUCUUGAGCACUGCUCAAGAACAAAGAAUCAUCAUGAUCAUGAACCAAUACGAUCAUCCUGAUCAUCAUGAUAUCCAGAAGACCUAACAAAGGUCGAUCAUCUUCAUCCAAUUAUCAACUAGGUGACUUGCUGACCCCAUACACUUCAAUCU